AUCAUUAAAAGUGACUCACUCUGUACAAACACAAAAUUAACGACCACCCAUUCAUAUUUCUCUGUUUAUUGUGAAAACUUCGGAAGAUCCAGCGCAGUUCAUAAGGUUUCGCUACUCAUUACAGAUAAAACAGAUCUCGGUAUGCGCUGAAAGCUGAUAGUGUCUUGUUUUCAUAUAAUCUCAUUAGCAAGAACUCAACAGUGGUUAGUGUAACUCUGUAACUACAACAUGUACAAAAUCGCUGCAAGUUUAGUGUUGUUGAGCAUCGUGGCUGCGAGUUGGGCAUAUACGGACUGCGGUGAGACACUCUUUAGUUAAUUGUGUAAUAGUUUAAUGGUUCACGUUGUGGGACAUGACCUUAUGAUUUAGACCGAAUUAUUCUUCGGCCUGGUAAUAUCAGAAAUCGUGCUACAAAAAUACAGCCUUUAAGAAAGAAUUUUGGUUCAUAAACAUUAGUCAUCAAGCUUUGUUUUCUUAUUUCAAAAUAGGUACACAAGAGAAUUGCAUUGGUUCUUGUUGCAUUAAUAUAGAUCUAAUAUUGUCCAAUUACUAAAGAUGUGGAGCCGCGUCUCUUGGUUAAAUAGGAUGCGUAAAAAAGGGUCAGAGGUUGGAACGAUAAGUGACGUCGAAGUAUCGGACUGUGUCGAAGGCAAACGAUGUAUACUCAAAAGGAACACAAAUGUUACACUGAAAAUUAUAUUUACGCCAAAGGGCGAUUCCGAUACAUUAAAAGCAGUCGUCCAUGGUGAAAUCUUGGGAGUGCCCAUGCCUUUUGACCUCCCAAAUCCUGAUGGUUGCAAAGACUCUGGCGUGACUUGCCCUCUAAAGGCUGGACAAACUUACACGUACAUUAAUGCUCUACCUAUCAGCCCCCACUAUCCAAGAGUUACAGUUGACGUCAAAUGGGAACUGCAACUAAGUAAUGAUGAGGAUGCAGCAUGUGCCAAGAUUCCAGCAAAAAUAGCUUAAAAGAAUCAUACUUUUAAUGCAGAUUUUAAGAAAUAAACCAGUUUUUGGUAUAAAAGCAGCAUACAAUGUUUAAUGGAAAUUCUAUGCUCUAACUGAUGUACAUUUACCACUAUAAAAACAAUAGAUAUUCAACUAAAUAAGAAACAUUCAAAAAGGAAAAUGUCUCACUAUAGACAAGAUAUUGGUUGAGAAAUUGAAUUUCCAAUUUCUGGUGCAGUUAUUGAAAACAGUUUUUUGACACCAUUUCCAAAACAAUACGAGAUGUAAUAAUUUAUUGUUUUAUCUCAAUGGAUAACAUAUGGUAACUUUCAAUAUCAAUGACUAUUUUAUAUCAAAUAUUUACAAAACUAUUAAACGAAAAUUCAACUUACCAACAAAUUCUGUAUCUGGACACAUUGAAGAUUUAUAUACAAUAAUGGAAAUUAAAAUUACAAAAGUACAAAAAUAGUUUUCUUUCCAAUAUAUUUUACAAAUAGGCACUAUCUUAUAUUUACAUUUUUGAAUCUCUGUUAAUGAAACAUAAAGGGAAAUUUUCAGAAAACUGUAUCAAUUUUAAAUAUCAAUGAAAAUGUUGGAAAAAUAUAGUAAGACCUCUGUAUAAGUGGUGAUUUAAGAGCAGACAGUGAUUUACAAAUAAGAAAAAUUUCCUAAAUUCUCUAUCCAAAAUAAUAUACUCAUAUUUAAGUAAAGCUACCAAAAAUAAUAGCUACUAUUAUAGUGUUUUACUAUAUUUUUUCAACAAUAAUGGUAGAAACUUACAAACUGUCUG